AGUUGACGUCGCUGUGCCGCCGCCGCGUGACGUAUUUCCUGUUUGUUGUUGGAGAAAGGAGAGAAAGGAAAGCGCGAGGAGCCGCCGCCACCCGCGCAGCAGUGCUGGAGCCGUGAGGAGAUUCGGGCCGGCACCCCCGCCUCCCCUGCGCCCCGCCGCCGACCGCCUUCGUCCUCGGACCUGUUACAGCAACCUCUUGAAACAUGGUGGAUUACUAUGAAGUUCUAGGCGUACAGAGACAUGCCUCACCCGAGGAUAUUAAAAAGGCAUACCGGAAACUGGCACUGAAGUGGCACCCAGAUAAAAAUCCCGAGAACAAAGAAGAAGCAGAGAGAAAGUUCAAGCAAGUAGCAGAGGCCUAUGAGGUGCUGUCAGACGCUAAGAAACGGGACAUCUAUGACAAAUACGGCAAAGAAGGAUUAAAUGGUGGUGGAGGAGGUGGAAGUCAUUUUGACAGUCCAUUUGAAUUUGGCUUCACAUUCCGAAACCCACAGGAUGUCUUCAGGGAUUUUUUUGGUGGAAGGGACCCAUUUUCAUUUGACUUCUUCGAAGACCCUUUUGAGGAGUUCUUUGGGAAUCGAACGGGUCCUCGAGGAGGCAGAAGCCGAGGGACAGGGCCGUUCUUCUCUGCCUUCAGCGGGUUCCCACCUUUUGGAAGUGCAUUUCCUUCUUUUGAUACAGGAUUUACUUCAUUUGGGUCACUGGGUCACGGAGGCCUCACUUCAUUUUCUUCUGCGUCAUUUGGCGGUAGUGGGAUGGGCAACUUCAAAUCGAUAUCAACUUCAACUAAAAUAGUUAAUGGCAGAAAAAUCACUACAAAGAGAAUUGUCGAGAAUGGUCAAGAAAGAGUAGAAGUUGAAGAAGACGGCCAGUUAAAGUCCUUAACAAUAAAUGGUAUGGCCGAUGAGGAUGCCCUCGCUGCGGAGCGCGCGCGGAGAGGCCAGAACGCCCUGCCAGCCCAGCCCGCCGGCCUGCGCCCGCCGAAGCCAACCCGGCCCGCCUCGCUGUUCAGACACGCGCCCCACGGGCUCUAUGAGGAGGAGGGCGAGCAGGACCGACCUCGGGUGUCCGGGCCCUGGGACUCCCUCGCGUCCGCAGCAGGUGUGCAAAGGGAGGAGGCCGUGGAGCGGGCCCAGAGUGAGACUUCCCCGGGUGCCAGAGGACGGCAGGGACGGAAACGGCGCCUGGGCUGCUGCGUUCUGACCUGAGCGGGUGGGGCGGCUGUGCGGGGCGGGAGGACGUGGCUUCGCUCCGCUCCCCGCCCGCCCUCAGGCCCCACAGCCCGUGGCUCCGGGCCCCCACCAUUAAAACGGGGUCCCCUUGCCCUGCACACAGCGUGUGGCUCUGCAGAGGAUGUGAGCUGCUGUGCAGGGCCAGGUGCUGCUUUGACCAUAGAUGUGCCUUUUCGUAGCUUUGAGUACAGAGCUUGAGGCCUGUGGCUCAGGCCAGGUGGUCUCGCACUGCUGGGGGCUGUGACUGCCCCUGCCCUCCGUCAGCUUCACCUUCUCGUGCCUUCUUCAGCUCGGGGUGCAGAACCAAAGACCCCCUUGAGUCAGGCCUCCUUGUGAAGCGGAGCCUGCCCGCCACCCGCUGUGGGGCUCCCGGCCGCCCUGCCCCCCUCCCACCUCUUAGGGAGCUGCAUAGUCUCUAAGUGAGUGUCCCAGAGAAGUUUUGGGGCGCCUGAGGAUGUGCUGUGGAUGCAGGCUUGGCCCGGCCGCAUCCGAAAGCCCAGGGCCAGUGUAGUGUGACUCUCGCCUCGGUUGGAGGGAUUUGUGCUGCUUCUGGUUCUUGUCACUGCAGCAGCGAGGUGACCUAGCCACUCCUGUCGGCAGGAGGACACGGUGGCUGAUCUCCGCGUGUGGGGAGCUAGGUGAUGUCGUGAGGUCACGUCUGUGGACGUGGGCCGAACAGCACUGUCUCAGCAGGACAUAAAAGAAGGGGGUGGCUUCCCUCCUCUGCCCUUCAUAGAACUUUCUCUUGAAUAAUUAGCCCCUUGCAGCCCUUCCCGGAUGAAGCAGUGGCCACCUCUGAGGGGGACGGAAGGCGCACCCAGCCUCAAGAGCCUUGGCAGGCGCUUCCCGCGGUGGGCACAGCCCCUCCCGCCUGCCGCGCCAGCCUUUGCCAUGCUAGUCUGUGCUGUGUCACCGAGUGACACACAGAGGCAGUUGCAGGCUGCAUGCACCUAGAAAGAACUCCCUGUGUGCUGAGCGACUGCUGGAAAGCCCCCGGGUCUGUUGUGCGCUCCUGGUGCUGAGGGUCCGAAGGCAGGAGGGAGUGGGGCGGUGUUUGUCGGUGGGUUUUUGCAAGGUGCGGGAUAGAACAGGGGCAUGGCUGUGGCAUCCCUGAGCCACCGGAAGCCUGGCCUGCAAGGGUCCUUGUGACUUCCCAGUCCCCCAGAAUGUGGGGUGCGGGUGUGGUCCCCUGGAGGAGGCGGGGGAAAGUACAGUGAGCAGCACCCGGCAGAGGCCCCGGGCCACACACUCAUUUCAGAAGUGGGCCGUUCUCCUCCUUCCGGGCCUGCGGCCGGCCGUGGCCGUGGCCGGGGGCAGGACCGAUGGCACGGGCAGAGCCGCUGUCCCCGCGCCUCGUGGCUUUGCCAGUUUGCAUCCUCCGGCAGGACACCAUUUCUGAGGGGAACCCGGUUGGCUGCUGAAGCCCACACAGAUCCUUGCACACAAGCGGCAAGUGAAGGCUUUUGUUUCCGCCGGGUCCUCUGUGGGCUUCUGUCCCUCGGCUUUUCCUCGUUUGUUUUCUUGUUUCCAGUUGUUUCAUGAGAUCUUGAGGCUACCAGAGUAACCCUCAAAGAUUGACAGACGCGAUUGCCCCCAUGCCAGAGACUUGUACUUAAGUUCUUACUGAGAGACAGCAAAGCUGACUCAAAGGAAGAUUCGAGAAACCCCCGCAGAGCUGGGGACGGAGCUGGAGCGAAUAGCACAGCAGAUGGUUUUGGUCUCUGCAGAGGCUGUUUGUGACUGUCUCACCCAGCCCGUGGUGUCCGGGCGCUAGUGGGUGACGAGGAGGAGGCUGAGCAGGGCUCUGCCCCUGCAGGCUGGGGGAGACAGCCUGAGCGCUGAAGGUCUCGUUUUCCCUGAGCCCCUUGUCACAGAAAACCCGUGACUCUUGGCCAGGCCUCUGGGUGCCUGGAAGAUUCCCCCUCUCGUCUUUUUGCGGGAUUUGGAAGUCCUGGGCAGGUUCUUGCAAAAGGCCCGGCCGCCCUGGCCGUGCUGACGGCUCCUGCUUUUGCCUGCAGCCAUCCGACCGGUCCCUGCAUGGAGCAGGUCCUGUCCCAGCUCCCGGGAGUGAGCAAGCUUCCACUCAGGACUCAGCCAGGUGUGCGGCCCCAACGCCUGGGCGGAUCUAGGGCAUGAUAUUUUUUAGGCUGGAAAUGAGCGCUCACUUGAGAUACACUCCUCAAAAUAUCAAACUUACUCGCCCCGCGGCUCCAGGGGCAUCUCCUGGCUUCUCCCGCUUCCUUUCCUGUGCCUUUUCCAAAGAGCCGCCUCCUGACUUUGGAAGCAGGUCCCUGGCGGCCUCUGCACAGCGGCCAGUGGCAGGCAGCCCCCUCUCUUCCCUUCCGUAACUGAGGCCCGCUUCCUAAACACGCAGCAUGGAAGGCCUGGUGUUUCACAGCAUGUGUAUCUUGUGCUGCUCGUGUAGGGUGGUGAGGAUGCACCCGCUUGCAUGGAAAGCACCCUGAGGUGGCAGCCUCUGCCACGCACAGGCCGUGGGCAAGUAUGGCAUGUUGUGUGGCUGCAGGUGUGGACUGGACCUGCAGUCUCGUCCCCGUCUGCAUGCACGUUCCCUUCCGUGGAGAGCUUCUGGGUCCGGGCAGUGCUCUGUGGUGAGAGCCACAGCACAUUUGAAAGUCCGUGUGUGUCUGCCCCCCUGUGGUGCAGGAUGUGUGCGAGCCACAUUCAGUGGGCCUGCACCCUGUGACAUGUUGGUCAGUGUGGCGGCCAUCCGCUGGGCGGGGAAGAUGUGUCUGGUUGAAGCCUGGUACCUGGCCCACCUAUGACUGUGAUUCCCUGGGGCGAGUCCUGAGUGUGGGUGGGGCCUUGGGUCCCCAAGAGGGUUGUGAGCAGACUCCUCCCUGUGGGGCACGUCGCCACCACGAGAGGUUGUGCGGGUCUUCAGAGGGUCUUCCUGGCAGGUCGGGGGCCCGUGCAUGUGGGACCCAGUUCCAUCUGCCUGCUGCCGGUCGUGAGCCCUGUGCUCAGUCACGUCGGUCGUGUUGACAGUUGUUGCCUGACUCAACAUCAGGCCCGUCUUCUGCACCCACGUGGACACGCACUGAGUCUGAGACUAUUUCUGCAGGGCUGCAGCCAGGCCUGUAUUUGUGUCACCUUGCAUCGACUGUUAAGAGGGUGGGCAUCUUUCUCCCUGCUCUUCAGCUGGGUCAGUGGCUGCCGUUGACUUCAGCAGCAGGGAGAUGCAAGGUCACUUUCCUCAAGUAAGAAACGGGACUUUCAUGCUGGAUGCCACAGAGCCCACAAGCAUGAGGCUGGUCCACAGCAAGGCUUUGCCUGCAGAAAGGCCUCACUGUGGCCAGCGCUGGGGGAGCGUAGGAGAUGCCGUGGGCACCCUCCCCACAGGUGGGCGUGGCUCUGCGCAGGCCCCGGGUGUGCUCUGAAGGAGGGCCCAGGGCGGGGUUGUGACCCUGAGCUGCAGCCGUCCCCAGGGUGGGCUUCCAGCUCUGCCGCUGAACUCGGGUAGGGGGAGUCGCCCACUUCUCUGCAGGGUGGUGAAGUGCUCUGAACAAUGGGAGCCGUCCUCGGCGCGCACCUUGGAAAGUCAGCUCAGGCUUCGAGCUUUAGGCGUGGCUGAGGCAGAUGACCUCACGUUGCUGCUUUUUGUUCUUAACAUGGGAGACAUUUAGAAAACACACUGGCUCUUACUGGGGAAGCAGUGCUGGUCCGCACCGUGUUUUACAAGCCGUGUU